CCGGAGCCACAGCGGCCGGAGCGGGAGUCGGAGCCGGAGCCGGAGCCGGAGCCGCCCCGAGGAAGGAGCCGCGCCGGGCGAGCCAUCCCGGGCCGGGCCGGGCCAGGCCGGGGGGACUUGGGGAGCCAUGGCCGGGCCCGAGCCGCUGCGGCCGCGCCUGUGCCGCCUGGUGCGGGGCGAGCAGGGCUACGGCUUCCACCUGCACGGCGAGAAGGGCCGCCGCGGCCAGUUCAUCCGGCGCGUGGAGCCCGGCUCCCCGGCAGAGGCGGCCGCCCUGCGCGCCGGGGACCGGCUGGUCGAGGUCAACGGCGUGAACGUGGAGGGCGAGACGCACCACCAGGUGGUGCAGAGGAUCAAGGCCAUAGAGGGACAGACCCGGCUGCUGGUGGUCGACAAGGACACAGAUGAGGAGCUACGCCGACGACAACUGACCUGCACCGAGGACAUGGCCCAUCGAGGGCUGCCGCCUGCCCACGAUCCCUGGGAGCCGAAGCUGGACUGGGUGCCAGCGGGUGGCCUGGGCUCUGAGGCCGGCCAGAAGGAUGCCAAUGGGCCCCCGCGGGAGCUGCGCCCACGCCUAUGCCAUCUGCGCAAGGGACCCCAGGGAUACGGCUUCAACUUGCACAGUGACAAGUCACGACCAGGCCAGUACAUCCGUUCCGUGGACCCUGGCUCACCUGCCGCCUACUCCGGCCUCUGUGCCCAGGACCGUCUCAUCGAGGUAAAUGGUCGGAAUGUGGAGGGGCUGCGGCAUGCCGAGGUGGUCGCCAGCAUCAAGGCGCGUGAAGACGAGGCGCGGCUGCUUGUGGUGGACCCCGAGACGGACGAGCACUUCAAGCGGCUGCGGGUGACUCCCACGGAGGAGCACGUGGAAGGGCCACUUCCAUCGCCUGUCACCAACGGGACCAGCCCCACCCAGGAUGGCAGCCUGUGGAAGCACGACCCCUUUCAGGAGAGCGGGCUCCACCUGAGCCCCACGGCGGCUGAGGCCAAGGAGAAGGCACGGGCCACUCGCAUCAACAAACGGGCGCCCCAGAUGGACUGGAACCGGAAGCGCGAGAUCUUCAGCAACUUCUGAGCCCUGCCUGCUGCGCUGGCCUCCUCCCUGCACAGCUCUGGGGUCCCGCCCAGCCCAGAGCCCCCUCAUCCCAUGGACUGGAGGGGGUACCCCAGCGAGCUUCUCCGCCGCAGGGUGCUGGGGAGUGAGGCAGCCGAUGUGGGAGGAGGCCCCCAGACAUACAGAUGCCCAGAGAGACAGUGGGAGGAGGGUCAAAGAGGAGGGGAAGUGUUGGGAGAGGAGGAGGAGGAGGAGAAGCAGGGGACGGGGGAGGAGGGAGGAGGUGAUGGGACUGGAAAGGAAGGAGGAGGUGAGGCCAGCAGAGGGGGAGGGAGUUUGCAGGGCAGCCAGUAUCCACCCUGCAGGGCAGGGCCUGCUGACUUAGAGGAAUUCUUGUUUUCGCUUUGACCCCCCCCACCAAGAGCUCUGGCUCCACACAUGUUUCCACUUAAAGCCACAGCCCCGCCCCACGCCCCCGGGAUGCUCGCAUCCUCCCAGCGAGACACCCUUUAUUUGCCCAUCCUGUGGCCGAGUUGCCCAGGGCCACCCAGAGGCCGGGCACAGGCUGCAACCCAGGUUCUUUGUGCCCCUGUCCAUCAGUGGCCUGGGCACAAGCACGCUUGGAGGGGCCAAGGAUGGAGGCCGGACCUAGGAACUGGUGCAGCCUCUGGAUAGGCCCCUUGUUCCCAUGGGGGGAAAAGGGGGGGACAGCUGAGGCUGGGGGGAAGCUGGAUCGGGUCAGGACCCAGGAUCCCAGGCUGCCGGGCUCAUUCUGUCCCCUAACCCCCCAGGCCCUUUCUCUAUGCCUGAACCAGACCAUGUUGCUGUCUGCCUUGUAAGCCAUAGCGCAUGCGCGCCCUCGAAUAAACAGGCCUUCCCUGAA